GUAAGAAGAUGAUGGAGGUAAACAAACCCAAGCCGAGGGUCAGAGGUGAUUUACUUCAACAAACACUAGUCAUUUAAGAGAUGGAUAAAAGUGGAGCAUCCCAGACAGCUGCGAUGGAGGCUCUGGCAAAGUUACGUCCAGAUAUAGACUUUGCUAUGUUGGCAAAAAUGGGAGUUACCCUGGAUCCAGUAGCCUUAACCAAACAAUUGAGGCCAGAUCUAGAUGUCAAAAUGAUGACCAGCAGCUCCUCCAGUAGCAAAUCUGAGUCGUCACACUCAUACUCCACUGCUCAUUCAUCACAUGUGUCUUCACACUCAGGAUCUCACUCUCAUUCUGGUGGACACCCUUCUCAACAUCUCAGCAAGUCAGAUGCUGCUUACUUGGCAAAACUACAAGAAGCCAGUCUUGCCAGUGCCAAUGCCUUGGCCAAGCUGGAUCCAAACCUUCUUGCCAAAUUAGACCAAUCAACACUGGCACAACUGUCUAAACUUGAUGCUGCCACUUUAUCUAAACUUGAUCACAAUACACUUGCCCAGUUAGUUAAAGCUGAUGCAUCAGCUGCUGCAGUAUCUAUGUCAAUGAGCAAGGCAGAUCAGGCCAUGUUGGCACAACUGGCUAAACUUGACCAUCAUACACUCUCCAAGAUGGACCCAGCAGCUCUCAAUCAGUUAGCCAAACUUGACCCAAUGAUGUUAGCUAAGAUGGAUCAAACAACCCUUGCUCAGUUAGCAAAAUUGGACCCUCAUACUCUUUCUAAGUUAGACCAGGCCAUGCUUGCCCAGUUAGCUAGGCAUGAUGCCCAAAUACAAGCUCACACUCGGGCAACCCUUAGUAAAAUGGACUCUGCCACACUGGCUCAGCUGUCCAAAAUGGAUCCCCAUCUUCUGUCCAAGCUGGACCCCAACACCUUGGCACAACUAGCUAAGUUAGAUCCACACACACUCUCUAAAGUUGAUUCAGCCACUCUAUCUCAGUUGGCUUCAAUGGAUGCUGUUGCCAUGGCUCAAUUGUCCAAGAUUGAUCCUCAUUCUUUGUCUAAAAUGGAUCAGGCCACAUUGGCUCAAUUGGCAAAAAUGGAUCCUCAUUCAUUGUCUAAAAUGGAUCCUGCCAUGCUUGGACAACUAGCAAAGUUGGAUCAACAGGCCAUGAACAAAAUGAACAAUGCAGCCCUGUCACAGCUUUCCAAGAUGGAUCCUCACAAUCUCACUAAGAAAGAUGUUUCGUCAUUAAACCAUUUAAUGAAAAUGGAUCAUCAUACUCUUACCAAAAUGGAUCCAAAUAUUCUUGCACAGUUGUCCAAACUCGAGGCACAUGCCAAAAUGGAUCCGGCUACUUUAGCUCAGCUUUCAAAAUUGGAUCCACAUUCGAAGAUGGAUCCUGCUACCUUGGCUCAACUUGUUAAAUUAGAUCAGCAAGCCAAGAUGGAUUCUGUUACUCUGGCACAAUUCUCUAAAUUAGAAGCACAUGCUAAAAUGGAUCCUGCCACCCUGGCUCAGCUCUCAAAGCUUGAUGCACAUGCUAUAACUAAGCUUGAUGCACAGCUAGCUCAAUUGGCCAAACUAGAUUCUCAUUCAUUGUCAAAGCUUGAUGUAAACACACUGGCUCAGCUAGUUAAGUUAGAUCCACACUUAUUAACAAAACUGGACUCAGUUGCUUUAGCACAGCUAACAAAAUUGGAGGCUCAACAGAUGCAAGCAGCAGCUGCAGCAGCUGGCCUAUCUAAAGCAGAUUUGGCAGAGCUUCGAAAAUUAGAAGCAGAGGCAUUAGCUCGUCUCCAGCCAGCAGAUUUGGAUGCAUCAUUACUCAGUCCAGCAGCUACAGGGCUGACCACCAGCAGUACUAGUACAAGUACAUCAAGUGCACAUGGCAUGUCCAAAUAUCAGCAGUUAUUAGCUGUAAUCGAGGAAAUGGGCAAGGACAUUCGUCCAACUUAUGCUGGUAGUAAGAGUAGUGCUGAAAGGCUGAAGCGAGGAAUUGUACAUGCACGCAUUCUGGUGAGAGAAUGUCUAAUUGAGACUGAGAGGGCAGCACGUACAUAAAGAUAACUUGCACAAAACACAUGUCUGCAUAAUGAGUACACAAGGUUUUUCUUUAUUAAGAGUUUGCACUAUUAAAAUAUUAAUAAGCCAGCUCACCACUUUCCUCAUACAUGUUGUUUGUGCAUAUUUAUUAGACUGCAUUAAAAAAAAAAAGUUUAAAACAGUUACUGAACUGUAUUAGCUACAGGUGUACUGUGGCAAAUAAUACUUUUCUCUUGUCCUUGGUAACUGAAAAACUGUGUACCAUAAUAUAAGAUUUUUGUAAGUUUUAAUAAGUACAGUAGUUAGAUUACCUAGCACUUCAUAUUUGUAUAAGAAGUAUUUGUAAGGGUAUAGUUGAAACUACUGUUCAUGUCAUUCAGACUUCGUUUUAUUAGUAUUAAUGAGUACAGUACUACAUAUUAUGAGGUGCACAAGAUGUUGAAAAAAGAUCUGUAUUCUGAAAACAUAUUGCAGUAGUUUCAUAUUGAGACAAAUGAUGAUCUGUCAUCUCAGUCUAUGUAAUAGGUGUUCCCUAAUUUUAUAUGCUGUAAGUGGUCAUGUAACAUUUCAAGUUCUACCAUUUAUUUUCUUUGAAGCGGAAUGUGUGAGAAUUAAGAUGGAAAUUACUUCUA